AUGCGCGUCACAGUGGCUCUCGCAAUGCUGGUUGGCCUGGCCGCCGCCAUGCCCAAGUCCCCCCUGUUCAAGAGACAGUGCCCGACUCAGCCCCAAGGAUGCUGUAUCCAGACAGGCACCUGUGAGACUUGUUACCUCGACGGUGUGCCUUUCGACUGCAACUGCGAAUGCCUCGAGGUCGGAGGCUGUCCUUGCACCGAGAUCGCCACUACCCCUGAGGGUAAAGUGUGUGUCGGUUGGUCUGCU